AUGGCGACAGUUGUACUUGGUGCCCAAUGGGGUGACGAGGGAAAGGGGAAACUGGUCGAUGUUCUCUGCAACGACGAACUGAGAUUGUGCUGCCGUGCACAGGGCGGAAACAAUGCAGGGCAUACAAUCGUAGCGAAUGGAGUGACAUACGACUUUCACAUUUUACCUAGCGGUCUCCUCAAUCCAGAAUGCCAGAAUCUUAUUGGAAGUGGAUGUGUGGUCCACAUUCCGGGCCUUCUCAACGAGCUUGCCGCCAUCGAGGACAAAAUCCCGAACGCCAGGAAGAGACUGUUGAUCAGUGACAGAUGCCAUGUCGUCCUUGACCUCCAUCAGAAGUUAGAUGGACUCGAAGAGGCUGAACUUGGUGGUGGUAAAAUCGGUACUACCGGCAAAGGAAUUGGUCCUUGUUACUCUACAAAGAUGGCCAGAAGUGGUGUCAGAGUUGCUGAUAUCUUCCGGGAGAGCUUAUUUGAAGAGAAGGUUCGAAACAUGGCCGCGGGUGCCAAGAAGAGAUUUGGAGACUUAUUGCAGUACGACGUCGAGGAAGAGCUUAUUAGAUUUAAGACCUACAGAGCUGAAUUGGCUGAUAUGGUUGUUGACCAACUACCUCUGCUUGUCGAUGCCCAGAAAAACAACGCCCACAUGUUAAUUGAGGGCGCGAAUGCUAUCAUGUUGGACAUCGAUGCUGGUACAUAUCCUUUCGUGACAAGCUCAAACACAGGCCUCGGUGGUAUCUUCACUGGUCUCAGUGGCUUAAACCCAACCAAAGUCAAGAACAUUUACGGAGUGGUCAAAGCCUAUACUACACGUGUUGGUGGUGGUCCAUUCCCAACAGAAGAUUUAGGAGAGGCUGGUACCACUUUACAAGAAGUUGGUAGAGAAUUUGGUGUCACGACAGGUCGUCGGAGAAGAUGUGGAUGGCUGGAUCUAGUUGUUGUCAAGUACUCGACGGCUAUUAACAGUUACACUGCCAUCAACCUCACAAAGCUCGACAUUCUUGAUUCGUUCUCCGAAAUCAAGGUCGCAGUCGCAUAUCUUGAUCCCGCUACUGGCGAGAGAUUAGAUUCAUUCCCUGCCGACCUCGAAAGACUGGAGACACUCGAGCCAGAGUACGUUACACUACCAGGUUGGAACAAGCCAACCACUGGUUGUCGCACCUACUACGAUCUUCCACCUGCAUGUCGCAAAUACUGCGAGUUUAUUGAGAAGGAAGUCGGCGUUCCAAUCAAGUUCAUUGGCGUUGGCCCAUCGAGAGAUGACAUGAUCACGAAAUAG